CAUCACAUCAACUUUCGUCUCUAAGAAACAAAAUAAAUAAAAAAUGGCUUCGAUGGGUGUUGGCUUACGUGUCACAUCUCCUGCCGUUCUCGAAGGAAGCGUGAAGAUCAACGACUCUAGCCGUCUCAACGUAACCGGAAGAGUGACGGUGCCUCAAAGAUCAGGACUUGUCGUCAGAGCUCAGCAGAGCGAGGCGGCGCCAGAGACUACUCGAAGGUCUGUGAUCGGGCUCGUGGCUGCUGGUUUAGCCGGUGGCUCGUUUGUUCAGGCUGUCCUUGCCGAUGCUGUUCCGAUCAAGAUCGGCCCUCCUCCACCUCCCUCCGGUGGUCUUCCUGGGACGGAUAACUCAGACCAAGCAAGAGAUCUGAGACUUGCGUUGAAGGAAAGGUUUUAUUUACAGCCAUUGCCACCAACGGAAGCUGUGGCUAGAGCCAAAGAAUCUGCGAAGGAGAUUGUGAAUGUGAAGUCACUGAUCGACAAGAAAGCUUGGCCAUAUGUUCAGAACGAUCUCCGUCUCAGGGCUUCUUAUCUUCGUUAUGACCUUAACACAAUCAUCUCCGCCAAAUCCAAGGAUGAGAAGAAGUCACUUAAGGAACUCACCGGGAAGCUCUUCGAUACCAUCAACAACUUGGAUUAUGCGGCGAAGAAGAAGAGUACUCCGGAUGCUGAGAAGUACUAUUCAGAAACUGUAUCUACUUUGAACGAUGUUCUUGCCAAGCUUGGUUAACCAUUUCAAUGUUUGGAUUUUUCUUUGUAAAUCUAUUGCUUCUUGAUUUUUGUUUCCUGAGUACUUAAACUCAAAUCCCUGAAUCCGAAUUUGUGUUUCAAGUUCUUACCCUUAAAACAAUGGUAAAUUUCUUGUGUAUGCA